AUUAUUCGUCAGCAACAAUGUCGGUUCCUAGUCAAUUGAAAAUUGACAACUGGGGUAAUUUCUUCAUGCAGCGUCUCAACAACUUGGCCAAAAAAGAUGAAUACUGCGAUUAUACCAUUCGUUCAGUGUCAAAUGAAUCUUUUAAAGUCCAUAGAGUCGUUUUAAAUACAUGUUCAGAUUAUUUUGUUUCUCACCCGAGUACUGACAAAACAAUGACAAUGCCUGGACAUCUGGACUUUGAUGCAGUUAAGAGUGUUAUCAUGUUUAUGUAUACCGGACAACUUCAUUUCACUGAAGACAGUCGUAUGAGUUUAAUCGAAGUAGCUGACAUGUUACAGGUUACUGUGUUACUAAAGCUCCUGGAGUCACAGAAUGGAGCAAACAAAUUAACUCCUAAGUAUCACUCUCCACAAGCUUCAACAUCUAGAACUCAUUCAGCAAUCGCACUAAAUCAAUACAGACCUGCGAAGAAACCAACCACUCAAACUAGUAUGACCAUUAGAUCACCACCAGAACAUACACCGGCAUCUACUUUUAUUAAUACAAUGAAAGUGAAAGAUGUUUUGAGUGAAAAUAAACCAAUGCGGUUUGAAUGUGAUGCCAAUGACGUACCUGAGUUUAUAGAACAAACUUUUGAAUUACCCAAGUAUGAUAGUGCGCCAUUAAUUAAACAAGAAAAUUGUGAUAGUGCAAAGGCCAUGCUCAAAAGAGCUUCCAAUGGAGAAUUGAUUGAUAAGAGCAUGGACAAGGGUCAUAAAACCCAAGUCAUUAAAUGUGAGGCUCAAAAUAUAUUAUCGCCAGCAGGCAAGAAAUUGAAAAUUGUCAGUGAUACUGACCCAGAGAACACCAAUAGCAAAGUAGUGCAAGAAAUCUUAAAGAAAUACCCACAUUUAUUGCAAAGUAAAGGUAACAUAAAAUUGAAAAUUAUGUCUAGUACUAAUCAAAGCCAGUUUGAAAGUAUAAUUAUUAACACUCCUAAUUCAGUGGAGAAAAUUUUACCAGCUGGGAGUGGUGUUAAAAAACCAAUUACCACUCACAAAGUCAAGCCAGAUAUCAUGAACAUAGUUGGACCUUGGUCCUGUAAUCUUUGUGGAACYGACACCAAUCCAUUGAAAUUAGAUUCUUAUUUUAUUUAUCGGAGACAUUUGGUAGAAAAACAUAAUGAGAAAGAAGACACUAGAGUUUGUGAACACUGUGGACACUUUUCUGUACGUAAGAGCCUGCAAGUACAUCACAUGUACACAAAACACAAUAUUCAACCGCCUGCUGAUUUCAAGUUUCCUCAGUGUGACGAUUGUGGAUUUAUUGCAACGACUGAAGUUCAUUUAAAACGACAUAAGAGUUUGGAAAAAUGUGGCAUUAAACCACAACCUAAAACAGAAUAUGGAAAUUAUACGUGUACUGAGUGUGAUAGGACUUUCCGUUCAAGUUUGAUGCUCAAAGGACAUUUGAGAAAUUUUCACAAAGUCGAUAACAUUAUCCCAUCGACUUCAUCAACCAAAGAGCUAUUGAUUUCUGUUAUUGAUAAUAUACCACCUGGGGCUAAAGUUUUAGCUGAAAAUAAUAUUAUAAACGAAACUGUUGAUCUAGAAAAAGGUGAAGAAGUGAUAUAUAGUGAAGAAACUACAGAAGUAGAAACUGUGACACUAGAAGAUGCUGAACAGGUACUUAAAGAAAAUGAUGAUGAUUGUAAAUCUACCGUACCAGUUGACCUCACAGAAGAGUGGGAUGAUUUUGAUGAUGUAGAUACAAACAAAAAUGAAGAAUCCGACAAAGAAGACAACAGAGAUGCUAAACCUUGUAGAAUAGAAUUAGAGUGAGUCAAAUACAAAAAURUAUUGUACUAGUAUUCAGAAUAUUGUUUAAUAUUUACUGUAAUAAAAUGUAGUAUUUGAAAUCAUUCAAUACCAUAUUUAUUUUAAAAUAUGUAUUCGUACAUAUCUUUUAGUUAAUGUAAAUAAAACACUUGACUGGAUAUUAWAUUGGUAAUAAAGUUUAAGAAAAAAAUUAGCAAUUAUUUAUUUAUAAUUUUACUUACAUAAUUAUUAUUUACCAUUUAGAGCUUGAUAUUAAAUUAKGAAUCUUAAUUUAUUAGAUACCUUUGUAGUGAAUGAUACCAAGUUUUYUUUUUGUCGUUGAUUAUAGUAUUAGGCAUAUUUAAUUAUGUAAAAAUUAUUUUAAUAUCAUACUACACAAUAUAUGUAUAAUAUAUUGUGUACUUGUGUAAUACAUUAAAAUAAUGCAAUUGACAUAGCUUUCAUGAAUUAAAGCGAUGGUAUUCCACAGUAUUAAAAUAAUUUUCAAUAAAUUGAAGUUUAAACGUAUCAAAAAAUGUGAUAUUUUUGUAUAUUUAUAA